GUGCUUCCAGCCUGGACAGCUGGAGGAGAAAAUGGCAGCCCUCAUGCUAGGACAGCAGGCCCGCCAGUUUAGCACAUCAGCCAUUAGGCCUGCAGCCAAACUGGUCAAGCCACCCAUCCAGGUUUAUGGAGUAGAAGGUCGUUAUGCCACUGCUCUGUUUUCAGCUGCGAGUAAGCAGAACAAACUGGACCAAGUGGAGAAGGAGCUGGGUAAAGUGAAUGCUCUCAUCAAGGACCCCAUACUUUCUAGUGUGGUCAUGAACCCUCAUGUGAAGCGCAGCCUUAAGCAGAAGACCUUUCACGGUGCCCUUGCAAAGGCUAAAGUCUCCCCUAUUACAGUGAACCUCAUCAAUGUCCUGUCUGACAAUGGUCGUCUUACUCUAACUGGUGACGUCAUCGCUGCUUUCAGUAAGAUGAUGAGUGCACACCGUGGAGAGGUGAUCUGCUCAGUAACCACUGCUCAGCCUUUGGAUCAAGCUAAUCUAGCUGAGCUGAAAGUCGCACUCAAUGGAUUUCUUCAGAAAGGUGAAACUAUCAAGCUGGAAACCAAGUCCGAUCCGUCAAUCCUGGGUGGCAUGAUCGUCAGUAUCGGAGACAAGUACGUGGACAUGUCCACAAAGACAAAGAUUCAGAAGCUGACCAAGCUCAUGAGAGAAUCCUAAGUCACGUGGACUUCAUCUUGGAUCUGUUUUAGAAGUGACCAUCUACAGAAAAAAACGCUGAUCGUUGUGCGUUGCAGUUGCUCCAGAAAUCUAGUGUCUGUACUUUAAAUUCAUUUGGAUGUUAAUAAAACCUCUCAAUAUGUG